AUGUUCCACCCCCCCAAUCGCCCGGCUUUCCAAUUUCUAAAGCUCGAACUCUCCCUCCUUCCUACUCUCUCCCUCUCCCCCUCCCCCUCCCCCAUAUUUCUCUGCUCUGGUGUUCGACUGUGGAGAUCUGAUGGAGGGAUCACCGGAUCAACGGCCGUCGCUCUUCUCCCCUUAUCAGAUGGGCCGCUUCCGCCUCUCCCAUAGGGUGGUGCUGGCGCCGAUGACGAGGUGCCGAGCGUUGAACGGAAUCCCGCAGCCCGCCAACGUUGAAUACUACGUUCAGAGAGCCACCGACGGCGGCUUCCUUAUCACCGAGGGCACCGUAAUUUCUCCCACCGGCGCAGGGUUUCCACAUUGCCCGGGUAUAUACACACAAGAGCAGAUAGAUGCAUGGAAGAAAGUGGUAAAUGCUGUUCAUGCUAAAGGAAGCAUCAUUUUCUGCCAAUUAUGGCAUGUUGGUCGAGCUUCUAAUCAAGUCUAUCAGCCUGGUGGCGCAGCUCCUAUAUCCUCAACAGAUAAGCCAAUAUCAGGUAGAUGGAGGAUACUGAUGCCAGAUGGGACCUAUGGUAGGUACCCUGCACCUAGAAAGCUUGCCACAUCGGAGAUAGCAGAGAUAGUCCAGCAAUAUCGCCAAGCUGCCUUAAAUGCCAUCGAAGCAGGCUUCGACGGCAUCGAGAUCCACGGGGCCCACGGGUACCUGAUCGACCAGUUCCUCAAGGACGGCAUCAACGACCGGUCUGACGCGUACGGCGGCUCGCUCCCGAACCGGUGCCGGUUCCUCUCCGAGAUCACCCGGGCCGUCGUCUCCGCCAUCGGGCCGGACCGGGUCGGGGUCCGCAUCUCGCCUGCCAUCGACCAUCUCGACGCCUACGACUCAGACCCGCUUGGGCUCGGCCUCGCCGUGAUCGGACGGCUCAACGCCAUCCAGCGCGACGCCGGCGAGCGGCUCGCGUACCUCCAUGUCACCCAGCCGCGGUACACCGCGUACGGCCAGACCGAAUCCGGGCGCCAGGGGAGCGUGGACGAGGAGAGCCGUCUGAUGCGGGCGUGGAGGGACGGAUACGAGGGGACCUUUAUAUGUAGCGGCGGGUUUACGCGGGAGAUGGGGAUGGAAGCGGUGACACAGGGGGACGCCGAUCUGGUGUCCUACGGGAGGCUCUUCAUAUCAAACCCCGAUCUGGCCCUUCGAUUCAAGGUGAACGGUGAUCUGAACCGGUACAAGAGGGCCACGUUCUACACCCAUGAUCCCGUGGUUGGGUACACUGACUACCCUUUCCUCGGUGAGCACAGAUCGAGGCUGUAGACCAUUUGAUGGAUGGUGUGAUUCCAUAAAUAAUGAUGGUUUAGAGUGAUAUUAGCUGUAUUACCAUAGACUGGAUAUCGAGACUCCCAUCCAUCUAUGUGGAUCCUAAACAAUUGUGAGGUAUUAGUCGUUGUAUUCUAGUCAAAUCCUUUUCUUUUUCAAAUAAAAGACGUCUAGCACUUCAUUUUUGAUGUA